CGGGACAGUGGUUCCCCGAGUUCGGAUCCCAGGAGGCCCCGCGGCCGCCGCGCAGGUUCCGUCCGCCGGGGUCGUGAUGGAGCUUCCUGCCGUGAACCUGAAGGUGAUUCUCCUGAUCCACUGGCUGCUGACAACCUGGGGCUGCAUCGUGUUCUCAGGAUCCUAUGCCUGGGCCAACUUCACCGUCCUGGCCUUGGGCGUGUGGGCUGUGGCCCAGCGGGACUCCAUUGACGCCAUAAGCAUGUUUCUGGGUGGCUUGCUGGCCACCGUCGUCCUGGACAUAAUCCACCUCGGCGUCUUCUACCCGCGGUCCGGCCUCUCGGACACCAGCCGCUUCGGGGCGGGCAUGGCCAUCCUCAGCCUGCUCCUAAAGCCCCUCUCCUGCUACCUCGUCUACCACAUGUACCAGGAGCGCGGCGGGGAGCGCCUCUUCCACUCAGGCUUCCUCGGGCCUUCUCACGACCACAGCGCCUACCAGACAAUUGACUCGCCAGAGGCACCUGCCGACCCCUUUGCAGGCCCGGAGAGCAGGGAUCCAGCCGUCCGGGGGUACUGAAGCCAGCGGCACGGAGCCUGGACCCACGCCUGCUGCUCACUUCCUGGUACUUGGGCGGUCGCCCGAGGGAUGCUCCUGCCCCGCCUUUCUCAGACCUGAGUGGACUGUCGUCCUGCCCCGCAUGGCAGGUGUGGCCUGAAUCAGCGUCCUGAGACGCCAGGACCCGUGCGGACACCUGUCCCAAGCUCCCCGAGGCCUCCUGCCACCCGCAGAGGCCGCCCACAGUCCCCAGGCGGGAACCCUGGUCUCCUUCGCUCCCACGCCACAGCUACGUGGAGCAGCCCCGUUGUACCUGAGUGUGGCGGAUCAGUGAGGCCCGCUCACGUUCCCGUGGUCUGUGGGGCCCUUCCAGAGCAGCCCGGAGGGCUCCAGAUCACGUUCGGCCUGGGAGUGAGGUCCCCAAGCUUCUCACUGCCUGGCCGCUCAGCUGCGGCCUGGAGGAGGUGUGUGAGCAGCACCCAGGACGCUCCAGGCCUGCAGGGCCCCUCGGGGCCACGGCAUUAAAGUCAGGAAUUCUGGGACAGGCUGCAUUUCCAGCCAUGUUUGAUCUGGCUGGGCUGGGGCCUGGCUGCUCAUGGCUGGGGCAGUUUCCCCUUAGACUCUUGAGGUGGCGCCUGGCUGAGCUGCCUGUUCCGUUGUGGCUGGAGAAAGAGAACUCACACAGCUGCGGGGCUGGACCUGCCCUGAGCCUGGCUCUGGCCUCGCCAGGGCCACAGCAGUGGAGGGCAUCCGGGUGUCUCCAUCAGACAAGCCGGCCCUCGGUCUGGACCCUGCCCUGCCGCUGAUCGCCGUGUGCCUUCCGUGUCUUCUGGAAAGGGCUCAUGCCUGCCAGAUGGUGGAUGCAAAGUCCGUGCCAAGUGCCUGGGCUGUGAAGGGCUCCCCAGGGCACAGCCAGGCUGGCGGUGAUGAGCACGGGUGGGGAGGUGAGGGCAACUCUGGCCGCAACCGCUGUGCUCUGGCCUCGGAGCUGACUUGGGUUCAGAGUCCCUCCAGUCCCAAGGCCAGGUCCCGCCCUGCUGUGUCCCCUCUGGUUCCCUGGCAUCCAGAGGUCAAGAUCAUGGACACAGUCCCCCACCAUUGUGGAGCCGUCAGUCAGAGGAGGCUGAGUAGCUGCCGGGCCUGCAGGGUGCCGGGGGCUUCUCGGCAGGCGACAGCCCGAGGCCGACAGGGGCCCCGCAGUGCAGCCCGGGAGGCUGGGCGGUCGCGGUUGUGGGACGGUGGAGACAGCCACGCUGUUGUCCAUCCCUGUGUGCCGAGCGCGCCAGCAGUGGAGCAGAUAAAGCGUGCUUGUCCGUCAGAGCGGCUGCCCCGCUGUGGGUGGAGCCGGCUGCAGAGUGGCAGGUGCGAGAGAACGUGUGUGUUUUAAAACCUCAGCAGUGCCACAGGUAGUCAGUCUUCUUAAGAUUUAAUUAUUUGGAAGGCAGAGCUAGAGGGAGAGCGAUCUUCCAUCUGCUGGUUCACUCCGCAAAUGGCCGCAAUGGCUGAGGCUGGGCCGGGCUGAAACUCCAUCCCAGUCUCCUCUGGGUCGUGGGGACCCCAGGGCUCAUGCCCUCUUCUGCUGCUUUCCCAGGCGCAUUCGCAAGCCUGAUCGGAAGCAGGGCACGUGGGACUGGAACUGGUGCUCCUGUGGGAGGCCAGUGUCACAGGCAGGGGCUUAACCCACUGUGCCACAACACUCCUCCCUGUAUGUCAUUCAUGGCUGUGCACGUAGCACAAUACAAAACCAUGGGCCAGAAGGACACAUCCUGUUCUUGAUGGUAGUGGCCUUGAGUGGACACAGCACAUGGCCAGGGGAGUGGGAUUCGACCGAGGGCUGCCAAGGGCCCCUGGCACGGCGUCCAUGUGGCCCACAGGUCAGGUUUCCCAACAGCAGGUCCCACACUCCCAAGUCUGGCUGGCUUUUGGGGGAGGGGGCAGAGGAGGGCUCCUGUCUCAGACGGGGUCCCCAGCAGCAGACCUUGGGAAGAAAGCCAGGGUCAUUGCCAGGAGCUGCUGUGAGGAGGGUGUGGGGGACGGGUGGGAGGGGAGACUUAAACUUCCAGGCACUCGAGAGGCUCCCGAUCCACGUCAGGAGUCAAGUGGCUCCUGGAACCCAAGGCAGUGCAGAGGCACCAGUGUGGCUGCCCCCGUCCACACAGCAGGCCCCAGCAGGGAGACUGAAGACUGACUCAUUUGUUUAUUUGACAGGCAGAGUGACAGAGAGAGAUCUUCCAUCACUGGUUCACUGCCCCGAUGCCCACAAGAGCCAGGGCUGGGCCAGGUGAAAGCCAGGAGCCCAGACUCCAUCCGGGUCUCACCUGUAGGUGCAGAGGCCCAAGCACGUGGACCCUCGUCUGCUCCCUGCCGGGCCUGUUAGCAGGAAGGUAGAUCAGAGGUGGAGCAGCCGGCUCUCACACCGGUUCUCUGAUAGGGAUGCUGGCAUUCCGGGGCGGGGGGGGGGGGGGGGUGGGGUGGGGGAGCAGCUUAACCUGCUGUGCCACAACACCAGCCCCCCGAGGGGCAAAUCCUACCAUUCACUGGACAAAUGACUGGGGAUACCAGACGGGGCAGAAAGGCCCUUCUGAGAGGCCCCUGGCCGUGGGGUGGCCUCCACGGGCAUUCUAGCAACUGCCCAGCACAGCCCGCAAGUGCCUCCACCUUCGCCCUGGAGGGCUGCAGGCACGGGCUUUCACAAAGCUGAGCCUUCCAGGUGACAGAGCCGGAGGAACCGCCGAGGGCUGGCCACUGCCUUCCGCGAGCGUCUCCUCAGACCCGCCCUCAAGUGUCCAGGUUGGCCCAGAACUUCCAGCGCUACGACCUGUCCCCAAACCAGCUCUGGAGCCGGCGAGCCCUGGUUUGAAUCCCAAAUGUGCCUUGUGACUGGCUGUACAGGGACGGCAGCCUCCACCCUCACCACACUUCAGUUUCUCACCUGAGAAAUGGGAGAGUCGGGGCCGGCGCUGAGGCACAGUGGGUAAAGCGGCUGCCUGCAGUGCCAGCAUCCCACAUGGGCGCCAGUUCAAGUCCUGGCUGCUCCACUUCCCAAUCCAGCUCCCUGCUAGUGCACCUGGGAAAGCAGCGGAGUACGUGGGCCCCUGCAGCCACGUGGGAGCCUUCGCGGCCGGUUGACGGAAGACCUCUCUGCCUCUGCCUCCACCUUCCUGUAACUCUGAUUUUCAUGUGAAUAAAUAAAUCUUUAAAAAGCAAUGGGAGAGUCAUGCGUCUGGCUCAGGGGUUAGGAUCAAAAACCAUGGAAGUUAAAUGCUGAAUAAAUGUUAGAUCCCAUUACCUGUAUUACUGUCAAUUAUUCAGAGAGGGAGGGUGUGAGCAGUCCAGCCCAUUUUUUUUGAAAUCCAUUUUGAGGCCGGCGCCGUGGCUCAGUAGGCUAAUCGUCCGCCUUGCGGCGCCGGCACACCGGGUUCUAGUCCCGGUCGGGGCACCGAUCCUGUCCGGGUUGCCCCUCUUCCAGGCCAGCUCUCUGCUGUGGCCAGGGAGUGCAGUGGAGGAUGGCCCAAGUGCUUGGGCCCUGCACCCCAUGGGAGACCAGGAGAAGCACCUGGCUCCUGGCUUUGGAUCAGCGGGAUGCGCUGGCCGCAGCGCACCGGCCGCGGCGGCCAUUGGAGGGUGAACCAACGGCAAAAGGAAGACCUUUCUCUCUGUCUCUCUCUCUCUCACUGUCCACUCUGCCUGUCAAAAAUAAAAUAAAAAAAAAAUUUUUUAAAAAUC